CUAGCGGCUAGCGCUGUCUGCCCAGCUUAACCGCAUCCCUCCCCAACACAAGAAGCGCCGUUUGCCAAUUGAGCGCGCUCACGGGCUGCCAGGCUCUGGUGCGCGCACCCGCUCAGCACUCUUACUCCUGGAGCGCGCUCCCGCUCCCUGACGCGCGCUCCGCGCUAUGUCUCUCGCGCCCCCUCGCUCAGUCAGUCGGAGGCUCCGUUAAGCGACGGCAGGUUCCUGUUUCCGUAUUUUCACCCCCCCACACCCGCAUCCGCGCGCCGGCGCCUCCUUAGAGCCGGCACCCGCAGCAGGGGGGGAGCCCGCGGGCGGGCGGUGCUGCUGCUACUCAGGUCACUGUCAUUGUAAAAUCCAAGGAGAGAAGCAGAUACAUGUGACCCAGCUUCAUAGAUUACCUUCUAUAGAAGAAAAAAGGCACAGUUAAUUUCACCGACUGCUGGAUCAGAGGAAACAGUUAUUUCCCUGGAAGCCCAUCAUACAACUGUUUCUAUUUCCUACUGUCAUGGAGAAGUCAGCUUGCGUGCAUUUUGGCAGUUCACCAUAAAAUGAUGCACACAAAAUUAUAUCUCCAACCAUGAAAGGAAUAUAAAACGAAGAAGCACGUGAUACUAAAGCUUUCUACAUUCAACAUCAUAAGGAUCUCUCUUAAAGAAUUGCUGUAGGACUAACACUGAUUAUAAUUUGUCUUAAACAUAAUGUGGUGAAACAGAGGAACAGAAGUUGUCCAUCUUUGUGCAGACUAAGGAAUUACAAUGUUUAUUUUGUGAGCUAAAACAGUUUUGCAGUGAACUGAGCAUCUGAAAAUGCGGCCAUGGACUGGUUCCUGGCGUUGGAUUAUGCUCAUCCUCUUUGCCUGGGGGACCUUGCUAUUUUAUAUAGGCGGACACUUGGUACGAGACAAUGAACACCCAGAUCACUCCAGCCGUGAACUAUCCAAGAUACUUGCAAAGCUUGAACGUUUAAAACAGCAAAAUGAAGACUUAAGGCGGAUGGCAGAGUCUCUCAGGAUACCAGAUGGUCCCAUUGAUCAGGGGCCAGCUGCAGGAAGGGUACAUGCUUUAGAAGAGCAGCUUUUAAAGGCCAAAGAACAGAUAGAAAGCUAUAAGAAGCGAACAGGAGAUGCAGGCAUGGGGAAAGACCAUGAAAUAUUGAGAAGAAGGAUUGAAAAUGGAGCCAAGGAACUUUGGUUUUUUCUUCAGAGUGAAUUGAAGAAGUUGAAAAAUUUGGAAGGAAGUGAACUCCAAAGACAUGUUGAUGAAUUUCUAUCUGAUCUGGGUCACCAGGAAAGGUCGAUAAUGACAGAUCUGUACUACCUCAGUCAAACAGAUGGAGCAGGUGAUUGGCGAGAAAAAGAGGCCAAAGAUCUGACAGAGCUGGUACAGAGGAGAAUAACAUACCUUCAGGUAAGAAGGGUAGAAUAAGAGCACUUAAAUCAA